AACACUCACAAAACGUUUGUUUUCAUUGCAUUUGGCACUCAAUUCAUUGGAUUCACUAUUAAUUGUGAUUAACUGUCGACCGAAACAAUGGGAAAGGGAUUCAAUAACUUUAUGUGCAAAAAGCCUUUCCAUCCCGCGUCCAGGGAUAACAUCAAAAGGGUAUGGAUGGCUGAACAGAGAGACAUCGACAACAAGAAGAAGGAGGACGACCUCAGGGCUCAGUACGAGAAGGAACAGGACUUGUAUAACAACAGGCUAUUAGUGAGUACGGAAAGUAAGGACAAGUUGUCGCUCAACUUCAUGUAUGAGGCGCCUAAAGGGGCGCAGAAGGAACGGCUCAAAGAGGACGACGAACCCGAGUAUAAGUUUGAAUGGCAGCGAAAUGCUCCCCGAGAAAGUUUUGCCAAAAACAAUAUGGAUAUCAGAGACCAACCGUUUGGCAUUCAAGUCCGUAAUGUUCGGUGCAUUAAAUGCCACAAAUGGGGUCAUUUAAACACCGACCGCGAGUGUCCGCUCUAUAACCAGGGAAGCUCUCUAAUGGACGGAUCAAAUAAGGUGUGUCCGGACGAACUCAUGAGAGCCAUGCAAGAGGACGGUCUCGCCCUCAAGAAGAGUAUUGUCGGCCAACACUUCGAUCCAAAUGAGUUGAAUCAAGUGAUGAUCGCUCAGGAAGAAGAUCCCGAAACCACUUUCUUAAAGACCUUAUCCUAUAAGGAGAAGAAGAAGUUAUUGAAAAAGUUAAAUAAAUUAAGUGUCGCUUCGAAUGGCGACUCAAAAUCAAAGCACAAGAAACACAAGAGUCAUAAAAAGAGCCGAAAAGGCAGUGAAAAGGAUUCGCACAAAGAAAGGGAUCAAAGAAGACAUUCGGAUAAAAAGAGAAGUCAUAGAAGCGAUGAUUCGGAUGAGUCUAAGCAUAGAAGACAUAAAAGAGAUCACAAGAGAUCUGAUACAAGAGAUAGCGUCGACUCCUCUAAUAAAAAACGAAGGCAUUAAAGAAAUGAUGAUUUCAUAUCUAAAACAUCA